AUGCACAAGGAUGUGGAUGAAGCCAGGAUCUGGCAGGUCAUGGCAGAGUACCAGACAAGAAAGAGAACACUGGAGAUCUUCAGUGUCUUGCUCAAGUAUUUAGUAGAUGCUGAUCAGAACAUGCACAUGAAGAAACCACCUGAGACCAGGAAGAGAAGCGCACAGAAGGAUGAGAGGAAGCAAUAUCCAAAGCUCCCGAAGACGGGCGCGAAGGGAAGAGGGGUUCGGGCCACGCCGGAGGUCGGGGACUUGACUUUGGCGCUGUCCAACGCUUUCAAAACCCGCUGCCUGGCCUGCACGGUGCCAGGCCCCCUUCCGGGGCCUGGGGGCGAGAGCGGGUUGUGGGUGGCUCCCCGCAGAGACACUCGGGCUGCGGUGGCAACCCCUCCCCCACCCCGCCUCUGGGGGCGGGAAGUGGAGGGUGAGAGUCACCGGAGCGUGAGUGCCCACGGCCCCUCCUGCCGCUGCGCGCGCACCAUAAAAGCCCUGUUGCAACCCGCUCACGACACCCCAUCCCCGGCUCUCACGCCCGGGAGAGGCACUCCGGACAGCCCAGCACUCGCUGCCCAGCCACGCCCGCCGCCCGCCACCGUCACCGUGAGUAUGCUGGGGAGCAAGCGCCUGGGGCUGUCCCGACUGACCCUCGCCCUGUCCCUGCUCGCGUGCCUGGGCGCGCUGACCGAGGCGUACCCCACCAAGCCCGAAAAGCCCGGCGAGGGCGCGUCGGCGGAGGACCUGGCCAAAUACUACUCUGCGCUGCGGCACUACAUCAACCUGAUCACCAGGCAGAGGUAUGGAAAACGGUCCAGCCCUGAGACACUGAUUUCGGACUUCUUGAUGAACGAAAGCACAGAAAAUGUUCCCCGAACUAGGCUGGAAGACCGUUCUAUGUGGUGAUGGGAAAUGAAACUUGCUCUCCGGUCUCUGCCUACUUUCCAACCCCUAUUUCAUUGUGUAAGACCCAAGUCUGCCUGUCUCCCCAAUGCAUGCAGCCACUGUGCUCAACUCUGCGGAGUUCUCCUUUGUCCUCAUUGUAUAUAUGUGUGCUUCAAUAAAGUAACGUGCAUUCAAAAGUG